AUGAGUCACGUCUUGCGACUUAAGCACGAUGCGGAGCUCGGAAUGCUCGCAGCCCUCCGAUCUUUCAGGCCCGGUCCCAGAGCGCUCAUGGAUCCCCUCAUAGCCGUCGUCGGCGCCACGGGCACCGGCAAGUCCAAGCUCGCCGUGGACUUGGCGUCCCGAUUCAAUGGUGAAAUCAUCAAUGGCGAUGCAAUGCAGAUGUACCGGGGCCUUCCCAUCAUCACGAACCAGAUCCCCGUCGACGAGCGGAACGGCAUCCCGCACCACCUGUUGAGCUGUGUCGAUUUGGAAGCGGAGGCCUGGCGGAUCAGCCUCUUCAAGAAGGAAGCGCUGCGGCUGAUAGAGGACAUUCGGUCGCGCGGGAAAAUGCCGAUCCUCGUCGGGGGCACACACUACUAUACGCAGGCGGUUUUGUUCAAAGACCAGCUCGUGGGGGAAGGAUCGGAUGAGGAGGACAGCGUGGAGGUGUCCGGGGAUGUCCCGUCUACGUCGGAGAAAUGGCCUAUUCUCGAUUCAGCUCCUGAGGUUCUGAUGGAGAAACUGAAGGAGGUGGAUCCCGUCAUGGCUGCACGGUGGCAUCCGAAAGACGCGCGGAAGAUCCGCCGGUCACUGGAGAUCUACUUUCAAACUGGAAGACCGGCUUCGGAGAUCUAUGCGGAGCAGCAGCUUCAGAAAGAGCGGGCGGUUUUGCAGUCGGAGGGACUCCUGCGAUUCGAUAAUACCCUCAUCUUCUGGGUCCACGCCGAGAAGGAGAUUCUCAAUGCGCGCCUGGACGCGCGUGUCGACGACAUGCUUCAGCAGGGCUUAAUGACAGAGGCGGAGACCAUGUUCGACUUCUUACAGGAGAAAGAGGCUAAAGGGAUUCAGGUCGAUCUCACCCGUGGGGUGUGGGUGGCCAUUGGGUUCAAAGAGCUGGCUCCUUACUUCACGGCUCUCCGGAAAGCAGAGCUGAGCGAAGAAGAACUCGAGGCUCUGAAGCAGCGGUGUACCGAGUCUAUCCGGACUGCGACGCGCCAGUACGGCGGGUCGCAAAUCAAAUGGAUCCGCAACAAGUUAUGGCGGGCCCUGUCUGACGCGGGCAUGACCCAACGCUUAUACCUUCUCGACAGCAGCAACGUCAGCCAGUGGGCGGAGAGCAUCAGGGCCCCGUCUGAACAAAUCGUGGAGUCGAUGCUUCACCGUGAACCCACGCCCGAUCCAAAGUCUCUGUCUGAGCUGGCGAAGACCGUUCUUGCCGCCAAAGAAGAGCAGGCGCACGCACAGCCCGGGUCUGCUAUGACCAGCCUCACCUGCGAGGUGUGCGGGAAGACCAUUGUGGGUGACGAGCAGUGGAAGAUCCAUCUCAGCAGCUAUAGCCACAAGAGAGGCGUCAAGUCUGCCGCACGCAAAGCAGAGCGGGACGCAUACUUUCGAAAGCGAGAAUUAGACGCUCAGCAAGCCGCAGCCCUGGAGGCGGAUUCUUGA